AUGGUUUCCGCCGACGGGGCCGCCGCCCCCGAUGCGAGUGCGCUCGAUGAUGAAAUAGCAAACCUCGAGGCAGAAGCCGCCACCCUCCGCAAGGCCCUCAAAAUCCAAUGCUCAACCAUCCUCUCAUCCAGCACCGUCCCUGCCGCCGCCACCUCCUCGCCGUCAUCCUCAACCCUCGCCCUCCACCGCCGCCCUACGCACUCCAAGCUCGGCGCCCGCUCCGCCCAGCAGCUCGCCUACAUGCAGCAGUGCGGCUACCGCACCUGCACGCCCGUCACGGCCUUCAAGGUCCAUGACCCGGACCCCUGCGCCGUCGACGGCGGCCACGUCCUCGGCCUGCGCUUUGAGGUCAUGUCACGCGGCCAGUUCCUCCAGCCCUACUAUCUCAUGCUCAACCGCCCCUUCUCCCACGCAAAAUACCAUCUGCGAGUCCACCGCCACACCAUCCCCCCCGCCGUUCCGCUCGCCGGGCUCGCGGCGCGUCAUCUCCCCGCGCCCAUCAAGGUCCAGGGCGACGAGGAACACCAACCGGGACAGGAUCUGGACAGGUUUGCCAGGGCGCUGAGGAGGGAAAUCAUGCGCUACCACAACCGGCUCGGUGUAUCGGCCGAUCUGCGCAGGCGCCUAGGCCUACACGAAAAGACGCCUGCACAAGUUUCUGCCAACUCCAUCGUCGAGGUAGGCAUUGCGGACAUCGAGGCCAAGCAGAUCAAGCUCACGUGGGCCGAUGAGAGGAGCGGACGCCUGGUCAUGGACGAUGACGGCAACAUCCUCAAGCUCGCCGUCUUCGGAGGGCAUGGGCGCGACUGGGACAUGGCAAAGGAGCUGUUUGGCAAGUUCGACCGCAUGGAAGACAUUGCGAGGAAGCUGCAAGAACACGGAGACGGUGGUUGA